AUGCCCACGUGGUUUCUUUGUCUGGGGCAGGCGGGAGGUACGAAGCCAGCGAGUUUGGUCCAGCUGCUGAUCCACGGUAUGCGCCCAGCCGGAAUUGGGUUGCUCGAGCACAACUCCUUCAAGAGACACCUGCCCAGACAGAUGCAGGUGGGCAGUCUGGACUUGGGUUACGACUACGAGGUCAAAGAAGACAAACCCAUGGGAACUGGUGGCGCAUCCAACCUGAACUCUACAACAGAAGGCGCAAGAGUUCCGAAGAAGUCCUCCAAGAAAUGGCAGCGGGAUGAACUUCGGGCCGCAAUCAACUUCUCUCUCAAGUACGGAUACGAGAACGAGAGCCUAAUCGUGAACCAUCCUCCGAGCCGUUUUAGACUUGCAGCGAAGGACUUAUGCGGCACUUCAGACCCGUAUGUCAAAGUCUACCUUCUGCCCGAUCGCAAGAAGUUCCAGACCAGGGUCCACCGCAAGAUGCUGAACCCUACAUUUAACGAGAGCUUCCUGUUCCCCGUGCCUUACGACGAGCUGCCUGGAAGGAAGCUGCACAUGAGCGUGUUUGACUUCGACCGUUUCUCCAGACACGACAUGAUCGGAGAGGUGGAGCUGGACAACUUGUUCGAGUUGUCAGAUCUGUCCCGAGAGACCAACAUAUGGAGGGAUAUUCAGUACGCUACCACUGGGGGUGGCAGUCAGAGCUGCACCCAGUACAAGGAGCACCAGCCCUCUCAUGUCCUAGCAAGCCGACGUUGA